GAAAAGAACUACUUCCCAGUGAAUAAAGCUUGUUAUUAGCCUCAUUGCAUUUUACGAGUAUAAUGGUGCUACACUGAUAGUUUCAUUCCAAACAAAUAUAUGUUUGUUUAUUUAUUUAUUUUACUAUAUGCCAGCCUGUGGAGAAAUGCAAAUGCCACAUUGUGCAUCCUCCCCUAUCUCAUUUGGCGGAUAAAGCGUAGUGUUAUCACGUAUAUGUGCGCGUUCUAUGUCCCGCCAGACGAAGAGGAGUUUGGCUAUCGAUCGCUUUUGCCAGUAGCCGCGUGGUCGUCGUUAUAUUUCUCCUAUCUUGGUUUUUCUAGAAAGACUGCAUUAGACUUUCCGAUGCAAUGUUUUUAUUCGUUGAACAUUCCAAGUAAAUAAUAAGUAUUUAAUAAAUCAUGUCGUCAGUAUAUAUUAUAAAUAAGGAGGCGACAAGGGUAAAUGAUUAUGUUAAUGCCCUAACAUAAUAGAAAAAAUAAUAGAGGGUAGGGAAGCGGUAUGGAUAGAUGAAUGCUCUUGGUUCGAGGGCAAAUCUCGUAAGCUAGGACAUGGACUAUUAAUAAACAGUGUUUGGGGGUGCCGUACCUGGGUGCUUCUAUGUGGCCGCGGCGUGCGCCUUCUCUUUCUGGUGCUUACUGUGAUUGUGUACGUUUAUAUAUACUCUGUCUCACUUGACUGUAGUCUCAAUUGGUGAGAAGAGUGCGGCCAUCCACCGGCGUCUCAGUGUCGCCGCGACGACCGACGUCGUCGUCUACUACGUCGUUAGGUUUUCCCUCUUGCAUUAUUAUCUUUUUCAAUAGUAAAUGGGAACUUCCCAAAUAAUAGUUCAUUAUCCUUCCCCAUGGUUUCAGAAUCGCUCGUUCAAUUAUUUCUUCAAUGAAAAAAAAAAAAAAAAAGAAAAUCCAAUUGUAAUAUUUCAUUAAAGAACAUUUUUAGGACGAUCUCUAAACAUUUUUAGUGUUCUUCCCUCUCUAGGUUCGGACUUAAAAUCUCGAAGUUUAAUGUUUCUUCUCACUUGUUUCUCACCGUAAUAAAGUUCCUUAGUGAGGCGAUGACAUGAAAUUAAAUAUUUCUAAUCUUUCGAUGCGCAAAACAUCAAUUUAAAUAUAUGAGAAUAAAAAAUACUCCCUUCAAGUUAUAGUUAUAAUAUUUCCCUAUUGAGAGUCUACUGCAGUGAUCGAUCAUUAAAAUAUAUGAGAGAGAGAGAGAGUGAAGAAUCGUGAUUUUCUGUGAUUGCUGAGAUCUUUUGAUGCAAUAAGUUACGGGUAGAGGAGCUGAGUAAGGAAGGAUUAAUAAGCGAGAAUAAAAGAGCAGAUGAGGCCACGAUCAACCUGUGUCCAGGAGGUGGAGGAGUACCGGUGUGACCUGCGCUACGGUUAUUUCGGGAAUACAUGUUUCUGACAACCAGACGAAGAUAGAAACGGACGUACGCUUGUGUGCCACAGCGGCCCCAGUCCUUGCGAGUACUCGAUGGAUGAGUUCCAUCCAUUCAUUGAGGCCCUUCUUCCAUUCGUGAAAUCAUUUUCAUACACGUGGUUCAACUUACAAGCAGCCAAAAGACGUUACUACAAGAAGCAUGAGAAGCGGAUGAGCUUAGAAGAAGAACGUCAAUGUAAGGAGGAACUGCAGAAUGAAAAAUUAGAAGUGAAGCAGAAAUGGGCCUCACGGCUUUUGGGGAAAUUAAGGAAAGAUAUAACACAAGAAUACAGAGAGGACUUUGUCCUGAGUAUAACUGGAAAAAGGCCGGCAAUGUGUGUCUUGAGCAAUCCUGAUCAAAAGGGAAAAAUGAGACGAAUCGACUGUUUGAGACAAGCAGAUAAGGUUUGGAGGUUGGACCUUGUUAUGGUGAUCCUGUUCAAGGCAAUACCUCUUGAAUCAACAGAUGGUGAACGUUUAGAAAAAACCGCCGAGUGCGCCCAACCAGGCUUAUGUGUGAAUCCCUAUCACAUCAAUGUCUCCGUCCGAGAACUCGAUCUAUACCUUGCCAAUUUUAUCACGAGCCACGAAGUACUAAACGGCAUUUGCAACCCCAGUAAAGAGGAGGAACGGCGACGAAAAGGUGCAGGGUAUCACGAACUGUAUAAUGGUGUCGUAUGCAACGAUACGAUCCUAGCUACUGGUGUCUUCAGCUCAAAGGAGCUUUGGAUGCUUUCAAAAGCGUCCAUACUGCAUGACCUCAGCGACAUGCAGCCUCAAAUAAACGCGAUCAAAAUAGAGCACCCGCCGUACUACUGCAGCAGCUACACACCUCCGUCCGUGGCGUCCGCAGCAGAUCAUGCUCAGCCCGCGGCCAGCUUUAGUCCACCGCCGGUUCAUCAAUUAAUACGAAAUGACAAGACUGAAAAACCCCCAGUUUCCGUAUCGAGCGCACCAAAUUUUUCUCCGGUCCUAAGGCCUGAAGAGGGUCACCGUGGAAUGGAUUCACCCCACUCGCAGGCCGGAUUACAUUCGCCUCAUGAGGGUCUUGCUAGUGGUUCUAGUCAAGGCGGGAGCAUGACCAGCCUCGCCUAUUAUCAACCUGAGCACUCGGUCCCGAGCGGUGUCGUCAAGUAUCCGGAGAAUGGGCACGAUACGUUAUCAGAUUUUGUCACAUUUGUUUGUCAAGAGGCUGAAAAUACUCAGCAAUUACCCCAGGCACAAUUAACUGGCCCACGUCCUGGCGUACAAAAGUUCUCGCAGUAUUACCCGAGCUCAAUGUUACCACCACCGCCACCGGCACCAAUGGCAAGGCCGGUUGCAAUAAUACGCUCAACUGGUGAAUUAAGUGCGACUGGCUCAGGCUCACCCCCUAAUUCAUCGACGUCGCCAAUAGAUCCUGCUGAUCUCAACAAUACUAAUCAAGAUCAACAAUUAGCUGCAGCAGCGGCUGCUGCUGCUGCUGUGGGUCUUGUUGGUUCCGGUUGUCAAAAUAGUGUAGAUACUACAGGAAGAAAGAGUCCUACGCGGAUUCUCGUAACUGCGCCACAUACGAGUCGAGAAUAUACAUUUGCACAUUUCCAUUCACAACCUGGUCAGCAAAUAUUCACUUAUCCAACAAUAAGUUCUAUGUCUGGUGUGAUAUCACCUACGAAUCUGUCACUCUUUUCAUCACCGGUCCCAGUAACACGACCUGUUGCCACUCAGAGAUCAGUUGCAAGUAUCCCACCACGUUGGAAUACAGCACCAUUUAUCAAUUUAGAAGAUGACUACAAUAUGAUUGCGCCGAUUAUUGCCGGCACACCUGGUGAAGCUUCCUCGUCAAUAGACGAUGACCGAUACUUCCAUGCAGUACAUACAAGCAGUAUGGACAAAAGUGGAUCUGGGCCUUUAAUUGUUAAUGAAAUUGUCGGUCAAGAUCCUAAUACUCAUCAUCAUCAGGCUCAAUCCCAGCAGCAGCAGCAACAACAACAACAACAACAACAACAACAACAAAAUCAGCAGCAUAUUCUUCACGAGAAAAAUGGCAGGCCAAAAUCCCCACCGUGACGUUGCGCACUUCACCAUGAGGCUAUUUUAUUAACGGAAGCAUCCUUUGGGGCUGCUCUCUCCAUGCGAGUUUCGUAAUUAAAUGAAGGCAAUCUCAUUAAAUUCUAUUCAAUUCUUAUUUAUGUUGACAAAAUCAAUAAUAUCAUUUAGCUGAUCUUUAUUUGUUGUUAAUUCCAAAAUUUCUUACCAUCAUUUAGUCAGCGGCAAUUUUUCUAAAUGAAAUUUUUUACCAGCAUAUUAUACUAUUUAAGAUUUGGUAAUGGGCAGUGUUUACUUAAUCAUUUAGUGUUCUUCUUUCCUUUAAAAUUCCAAAAUGAGAAAUUUCACAAAUUGAUAUCAUCACCUUCUACAACGAUUUUAUUGACCCCAUAACAUCUCUUAAUAAAGUAACGAGCUCAUAGAUAAUAUUCUGAAUCGUGACAGCAAAACGGCGAUGUCAUUGCUAAAUGAAAUGGAAAACAUAAUUAUCCUACGCAUUAGGAGUUUAUUUUUUGAAGAUAUAGUUUGCUAAAUGAAUUGAGCUUAGAAUAAAAAAUUACUGACUAUAUUUUAGGCCUGUAUUUGCUCAGACUAAUUGUAUAUCAGUCAUCACAGGCUAUUAAGUAGGAGAAACGUUAAUGAAGCAGGAUAAAUUAAUAUUUAUACUUAUUAAUCCGGGCAAAGCAAAAAAAAAAUGGCAUAAGACGUUGAGUGAGUUUGAAUUAGUAAUUUUGUGAAUAGAUGUGAAAUGGUAUGACAAAUUAUGUGUGUAUGCGUAUGAACAAAUUAUCUAUUGAUAUUAUUAACAAUGAUGAUGAUGAGCACAAAAAAAUAAUUUGUUAUGGGAUUAAAUCAAGAAAACCAGUGAAAUUUAGGGCUAACGCCAAGCCAUGGUUUACGCAACAGAUGGAAACAUAACUUUUUAUUAUCUAUAAAUCUAUUAAUCAGCAUAUAAAAAGAAGAGAAACCCAUUUAUUAAAAUUUUUGUGUGCCUUUUUUUACUAUGUUUUAUUCUUAUUUUCUAUUCUUAUCCAACCUGAGAAUAAGAGAAGAGUAUUUUAAUUAAAAAAUAUUUCAUAAAUAAGAGUUUUGUAUAGGGGAGGAAAAAAAUUGGCCGAAUUUCGUGACGAAAAAUUUGGAAAUUUAAACCUUUGGGGUGCAUCUAUUAAUAUUUUGUGUAUAUAGUUUAACAGAAAUUUCUGGUGGUUCAAUUUGCCAGAAGUAUGGAGAGAGGUAUAUUAUAGAAAAAUCAAUGAUUUCAUUUUAAAAAUUGUUGAGUCAAACAAAAGAACAACAAAUGCAAUGAAAAAAAAUUGACUAUUUUUUUUUUUGGCGAAUACACUUACAUUUAAUUUAUUCAUUUUUCCCUUUCUCCUGAGUCAUUAACAGAGAAAAUCUUGUUAUUGGAGUUCUACGUCUUUUGGGUUCGGUAUUUUUGAAUGAUAAAAAACUCCUUACAAAUAGGAUUCGGCUCAAUAAUUGUUUCCUUAAUAUAUGCUUUCAAUGGCAGUUAAAGCGAUUAGAGUUUAAUAACUAUCGAAUAAACUGACAAAUUUGAAGAAAAUAUGAGAACAUAAUAUUUUUUCCCCCCUGGGAUUAAAAUUAAUAACAAGUUUAGGUAAAUACUGGUGCAGUUUUGCAAAUUACGGAGAUUUUUUCAUCCGAAAGGCGUAUCAACGAGUGCAUAAGAAUCAAAUAAAAAUGAGUGAGUUAUGAAUUGUAUAUAAAUUUACACUAUAUAUUUUUUAGAUUGAUAAAUGAAUAAGAAAUGUUUAAUUUUUUACUAUUUUCAUUGGCAAUUUGCUUUGGAGAAAAGUUGGACGAAAUUUUUGGCUGUACUCUUUCAUUUAUUUUCAAGAUAUUCAUCGGUAAACCAAUUGUAGAUUUGAACACUAGACAAUUCAAAAACUGGAUCUAUGUUGGCUGGCGUAGCAGUGUCACUAUUUGCACAAAUUUUUCUAGAUUUCGUAAGAGCUUUUAUGAUGGAGAGCAGUGUCAAAAAACAUUCUAAAAAUUAAUGCUCAACUUUGAACAAGUGUUAGAUCCGAGGGAUAUUCCAGUCGAUUAUUAUAAUUUUCUCCACCUGAUCAUUUUUAAUGCUUUACGUGGUAUCAUUAAAGUAUGACAGAAUUGGUACUCAUGUAAAAAAACGCACUCAUAAUGCUCAUUCAUCAGUUCCACAAUCUUGGAAAUCAUCGGAACCGGUGUUGAUUUUCGAAAAAAAAAACUUUAUAUAGCUAAUGAUCAAAUUGCAAUGAUUUACGCCUCUAAUGGUACUAAUAACUCUAUUAUCAUUAUUUAAUACUACGAUUCUUGCUACAACUACUAUUACUUCUAGAAUUAUUACCAUUAUUAUUGCUAACAUUAAUAUAAUUACUACUACCAUUACCACCACCUAUUACCGCCGUUAUUUUGAAGCGGAAGAUUUUAUUAAUAAUAUCGUUAGCGUCUUGAAAAAGUUAUGUUUUUUAAUGAUAAGAAUUUCAAAAUUUCAUUAUUAUUGUCGAUAAAUAAAUUAAGUAAACAAAGACUCGUUCGAGAUAUGGAUAAUAAUCACGUACUGCAUGCAGUGGCAGGAAGAAAUAAUGUGGUGCGAAGAUGAAUAAAAGGUUUUUUAACCAAGGCAAGAUAGAAAAAUGUAACUUGUACAAGGUUGACGCAAUGAGAAUAAUUGAGAAAUAUGAAAGAAAAAUAUUUCUAGAGGAAUUAUACAGCAAGAUACAUAAGAGAAAGUAGUGAUUGCCUAAUUAUUCGCAAAUUUAUGUUAUGAAGAUUGGUAGGCUUCAUUAACAAUGAGAUUCAAUGAAUGAAACAAUGACAAACAGUAGGUGAUUUUGGGGGUAUAAUUGAGUAAUUACAUCAGCUCCUGAAAAAUGAAGCAAGAAAAAAAAAGUGAUUUAAAAAAAAAUAAUAUCAGUACAGAAAACUCAAUAAAUAGGAUUAUAACUUGCGUGCAAAUGCGAAUAUGUGUAAAUUCAUUCGACUCAUUGAAGACAAAGAAAAGACGACUAGUACGCUUAAGUAGAUUUAGAUAUUAUGGUAAGACCUGAAAUUAAUAGCCACGUACAAUAUGUUAUUUCCAUAAAAAAUAAGGAAUAAAAAAUUAAAAAAUUCAUUCAUUUUGAUUUGAAGAAUGAAUGAACUUAAAGUAAAAUAAAUACUCAAGUAAAAUGCACUCGUCUUCGUUGCAUCUACAGGGUGGCCCGGGACAGUACUGUUAAUAAAAAUUGAUAGAUUAUAGAGAAACCAAGGAAGAUUUUUCAUUUGCAAACUAUGAAAACUGCUAAUUUUUCAAACGAGAUAAAAAAUGAAAGCUAUUUCGCAAAAGGGAGACUGAAAAUGUAAGUCCCUCGGGUUACCCGAAAGAGCUUCUCGUACAUUGUCUCGAGCUGCCUUGAACCGAAAGUGCAUUACUAUAAGAAACUCAGAAAUGGUGAAAAACUUUUUAGAUCAAAUGUAAAAGUUUCUACACCUCGCGGUAUUGAUUUGCGCGUGGAGUCGACUGAAUAGAUUAGAAUAAAUACAAUGAGGAAUGAAUAGAAAAACUGUUUUGUGCACGGAUCAAAUACUAAAUUUUAUUGAUCGGAAUCGCAUAACCCUUAUACAGCUUAAUAACAAAUAAUAUUAAUAAUAAUCAUAAUAAUUAAACCAGAUAUUAUGAAAAUUGUGAAUAAUUGAAAAAGUGUCGGGGCAAUUGGUACUAGGCAUACUAUAAUAUUAAAAGAAAUAAUUAAUCAGCAGAUAUUUAAGCUUUCACAAGAGAAGAUGUUGAAAUGAUGUAGCUUUAUGAAAUGAAAAAGAAAUUUCAAGUAACAUGGGAAAAGUAAAUUUAUUUCAUUAGGCCCGAUAAACUGUGAUUCUAAAGGCUUUGCCUCGGGCCGCCAACUUCACACUUGUUACCACCUCUGAGCACUCGUAUCGAAAUACACUAUGUUUACACUGAUGACAUAAUAUACAAUACUAUAACGGUGUCAAGUGUUAAUUGUCUCUUCUAAAUUCAUCGUUUUCUUUUUUUUUUUUUAUUAUGCAAAAACAGGAGUAAAAAAUUGCAAUGUUCAUUGUACACAGCUAUAUGAUUUUUUUCCAAUGAAAAAUUGUUACUAUUUCCAUUUCCGCCGUAGUAAAAAUGAAUUCCAAUAAUACAAAAACAAUGAUAAUAGUGCAAUACUUAUUGACUUAUUGAAAUAUAAAUGUACAUUGAAAUAAUACGAUUUAUUAAGCAAAUUUGUUAUUACUGAGUAGUGCAACUUGUAUAAAGUAUCUGAUGGUUAUGCUAGAAUGAUCCGAAAAAAGUAGUUGAUUUGUAGUGCACAGAUAAAAACAACAGACAAAACAACCCGAGAGUAGCGUAGGAAAAAAGAAAACAUUGAAUUUUAUGUGGCUGAAAAAUUUAUAUGUUCUUGUGUUUAAAAAAAUGUUAUUUUCUCAAUUAUUUUUUACGAUUAUGAACACAGUUCAUGUUAUAUAUCAGGGAUUAGACUAAUUAGUAUGGCGCCGAGUUGAAAGUGAUGGAAUAAUAAAAUUGGAAUAAUAAUUUAGAAAAAAAUAAAAGUAAAUACAUGAACAAAAAUGAUUAAAAAAAACAUAAGGCAAGGUGGUGAUAGUGGUGGCAAACUGAAAGCAAGAAUUCAUUGAUACAAACAACUGGAACAGAUUAAAUUUAGAAAGAAUAAUGUGAUAGUCGCAUAAAGUUAGUUUUCUUUAAGCGUCGCAAUAAUAAUAAUAAUUAUCAUAAUAAGUAUUCGGUGAACUGAAUGCAAGGAAAAGUAAAAAUGAAUUCUAGAAAGUAGGAGAAGGGCGAAAAGAAUGGCGGGGUAUUGUUUAUCACCUUGCCGCGUCAAUUAUACGUCGUGUCCAUAUUGACUCAAUUAUUGUGUAUUAUAUGUAUAAUACACAACAAUAUUGACAAUAUUGAUGAUUAAAAACUCUUACUACACGAAAUGAAAUUUUUUUCAUUGACUAUUAUGACUAAAUAUAUUCGCACAUCAGUACUGUGUGUAUUACUCUGUAGAAAUCAUUUUCUCGUUAUUUAUUUUCCAUGAGAGUUUUGUCAUUUCAAUCUCCCUAUUUUCUUACGUUAAAAAAAAGGUGGUGAUAUUGCUUUAUCAAUUUAUUACAAUAAAUAGCUGAUACAAUACGGAAUCAUAAAAAUACUCAUCUGUGCUAAUGAUAAUACACCGUCUGUUUCUUCUAAAAUCACUUAUAUCAUUUAGACUUUAAGUACGAGAAUAAUAUCCUAAAAAGUCGCCCUUUCAUCAUUAUAUGAAAAAAAUAAAAUAAAAAUCAAUCAUAGCGGGCACAACUGUAAAUUAUACUCGGAAUGCUUAUGCUAUUAUUUUUAAUUAUGGAAAACAAAGCCACUUGGAUUCUUUCACUGGUUCCUGCAUACGUCUCGUAAAUACUUUCAAUAGUUGACAGUGCACCCUAAAGAUGGAAAAAGAUUGAUAACUUUUGAAAUAUUCUAUGAAAUGAAUUUAUCAAUGAUCUAUUGCAUUGGUUUAGUGGAUUUCUUAUACCUGAUUUUUACAUCAACAUAUUCAAGAACUUCUCCAUCACAAUUCCAGACACUAACAGUUGAUUUGUUAUGGCUAUUACUCAUAGUAUCAACUGACGACAAUUGCGGAAAAGCGUGAAAUGUAAAUUCACGCGCUCGGUAGACUUCAACAAAUGGAAGAUCGUACUGAAAUUUUUAUUAAUUUAUGUAAUUGUCAAUAGGGAAUUGAAACGGUCGUACAAUAUGCCUUGUUUAUAUUCAUUAUGGAAAAUGAAAAAUACACUCUUUGGAGUAAAUAUUCUAUUUAUAAAAUUGAAUGUGGAAUCUCUACAUUCACUCCACUGGUAAUUAAAAAAAAUAAAUAAAACAGUCAAAAUACCCACCA